AAUAUUUGAGAAUAAAAAUGUUAAAAUUCAAGACUGAUCCACUUCUUGUUAUUGACGUGGGUAAUUCCGCUAUUUUUCGUAAAUUGUAAUUUGCAUAAAAAUCAUAAAAAAAUAGUCGUUUAUGUGUUUGUUGUUGGAUAGUUUUUCAAAAAUCCCCAGUCUUUGGAUAAUAUAUAAGGAACUUAAUUUCUGCUGAAGACAGAUACCCGAAGUCUUUCAUUUGAAACAGAACUAAAUAACAAAGUAACAAAAUGAAGUAUUUAGUUGUUCUUGCUUGUGUUGUUGUUGCGGCUGUGGCUAGCCACCUGCCCAACUUACCCGAAAACGAAAGACUUAAACUAGCUCAAGUUCACAGAGACUGCCAAGCCGACCCAAAAACUUACGUCGACGAAGACAAACUUAGGAAGCUUCCAAACUUCGUUGAAGACAAACAAGUGGGCAUUCAUAUGCGAUGCAUGGCAGUAAAGUCAGGAUUAAUGAAGCAAAAUGGAGACCUCGACAUUCCUAGCAUUACCCAAAAAUUUGGUUUGGUGAUCAAAGAUCAUUCUAAGGUUAACGGAUUCGUCCAACAGUGUGCUAAGAAAGCAGACACACCAGAAAAGACAGCUAUUCUUCUUACCUUAUGCUGUGUCAAAAACGACAUUCAGUAUUACCAUAAAUUGUAAAAAAAUAUCCAUAUUAUAUUAGCAAAUAUAUAAGUCAAAUAAA